AUGCUGCGCCCAGGGUUAAGGAUAGCGAUGCGCCCGCGAGUCGGUGCGCCCGCGAGGUCGACUUUGCUACCGCUGGCCUGCCAGGCACGAUCCAUGCACGCCCUCGCCCCUCUCUCUUACGACCUGAAGGGCGAGGCUACACAAAAUGGCAUUUCCGACUUCCUGUCGCCCGCCGCCUUCAACAUCUCUUGGACCCAGUACCAGACAUAUCUGCUGCAGAAACUGAACAUCUUGACAGCAGAAACCGACUACGAAUCCCACCAGAUCAAGGACAUCCUGCUCGGCACCGCCCGCGACCCGGGCUCGGCACCCAUCUUCAACCACGCCAGCAUGGCGCACAACAACCACUUCUUCUUCAAGCACAUCUCGCCCAAGCCGGUCGAGGUGCCCGAGCCCCUGCGCAGCCGCCUCGAGCAGUCCUUCGGCUCCAUGGACACCCUCCGCCAGGAGAUGGUCUACACGGCCGCCGGCAUGUUCGGCCCGGGCUUCGUGUGGCUCGUCAAGACCUCGCAGCCGGGCCUGCCCGUAUCCUUCAAGGUCCUCACCACCUACGCCGCGGGGUCCCCCUACCCAGCAGCCCACUGGCGGCGGCAGGAGCACGACAUGAACACCGCCGCCGGCAGCGGCACCGAGGCCGGCAUCGCCACGGGCCGGGCCUACCUCGACCAGACAGCGUACGGAACCGGCAGCAGCAGCCGGUGGGGCAGCGGGGGCCCGGGCAGCGCGACGGCGCGGCGGGUGGCGCACGCGCCGGGCGGCACGGACCUGGUCCCCGUGCUGUGCAUCAACACGUGGGAGCACGUGUGGCUGUGGGACUACGGCUUCGGCGUCGGCGCCCCCGACCGCGGCAAGCUGGGCUACGCCGAGAAGUGGUGGAAGCACGUCGACUGGGAGCUCGUCCAGAAGGAGGCCGACCUGCAGCGCCUCGAGAUGUCGGCCAACGCCGGCGCCCCCGCCCCCUCCCUCUCCUCCCCUUCCCUCUCCUCGCCUGCCCCCGUCCCCCGGGCAUGA